ACAUCUGAAAGAGACAGAGGAGGAGGAGGAGGAGGAGGAGGAGGAGAGAGCCUCCUUGGCACCCAUCGCCUCUGUGGCAGUGAAGCUUUGACUGACUGACUGACUGUCUGUCUAUACGUUGGAUUCCACGCUCAUCUUCAUCCCUUCACGCUAUAUUUUCUCCGUCUGGCAUCGAAAGGACGACCAAUGGGUUUCUAGCUUUGCUGCUCCGCCUGCAUCCACCUCAGCACAGGAUUUUUUGUGUGUGCUUCAUCUCGCGUCUCCUUGACUGGCCGCACCGGGGUCUGAUCCCAGCCAAUCUGGGCCGGGCCGUGGGGCUGAUCCGCGAGCCUUGUAGCUGAAGUUGGCACACGAGAUGAGCGCGUACCAACCCGGGAGCUGGGCUCUCUCUGGGUCUGAGUCAUGGCGGUGCUUGUUGUGGUGGUGGUUUUUGUCAUGGGGGCUGGCUGUGGGCUCGGGAGAUCCUUGGAUGUCGGCGGAGGCAUGCCGAUCGUCUUGUUCUUGCAGCAGCACCAGGAUUUCCUGCGUGGACCCGGAGACUGGGAUCAGCAGUUUCCCCUCCCUGCAGAGCGACGCGGAGAUGGAAAACAUCACCGACAUUUACAUCGCAAACCAGAGUGGCUUCUCCUCCAUCAAUGACAAAGAUCUGCACCGCUACAAGAACCUCAGGAAUUUAACGGUGACCAACAGCAGACUAACCUACGUAACAAAGCUGGCCUUUCAGAACAACCUCAAGCUGCAAUAUCUGAAUCUGAAAGAUAACAACCUCUCAUCUCUGUCCUGGAGGAUAUUCAAACACCUCAACAUCUCAUAUCUUAUUCUGUCAGGGAACCCUCUGCGCUGCUCCUGUGAGAACAUGUGGAUCAAGCUGUUGUUAGGGGAAGAAGCAGACAUUCAGGAGUUGCGCUGCACUGAGGAUGGAGGAGCCCGGAAGCUGCUGUCAAGACUGACACUGCCUAACUGUGAGGUUCCCAUGGCAACGCUGAGCCCAUCCAAAACGAGCGUAAAAGAAGGGGAGAACUUGGAGCUGUCCUGCACGACUUCUGGAGUGCCCGCACCUGAGCUGAACUGGAGCAUGGCACUGGCCACUAACUAUGAGAUUGAGACGUCAGGACAGAUUUCGGUGCUGCGGCUGUCCAACCUGUCGUCACUGGAUCACAACAGCAAGAUCAGCUGCAUAGCUGAGAACAUUGUAGGGGAGAAGGAGUCCUCUCUGCAGCUGGACAUUCUUUUUCCUCCUAAAAUCACAAAGUUAAGUGAUGCAAUUCCUGACCACCAUUGGUGCAUCCCAUUUAGUGUUGCAGGAAACCCGGUGCCCCACUUUCAGUGGUAUCUAAAUGAAAAUGAGGUAACAGAGGGCGCCUACAUCAUGACGAUGAUCCAUGACAUCACAGAGAGAGAAUAUCACGGCUGCCUGCAACUCGACAACCCCACACACCUCAACAACGGCCGAUACAGACUUGUGGUUACAAACGAAUACGGGAUGGAUCAGAAAGAAGUGGAUGCUCACUUCAUGAGGCAACCUUGGGAAGAGUUAGGGCCAGACACAGCCUACUAUGACCAAACACCAGACAGCCCCACUGUAAAUCCACCAGAAGACAGAGUAGCUGUGUAUGUCGUGGUGGGCAUCGCUGCUGUGGCCUUCACGGGUUUCCUUUUGAUGCUGGUUAUUCUCAAGUUUGGAGGGAACUCCAAAUUUGGCAUCAAAGGUCCCUCCUCAGUGAUCAGCAAUGACGACGAUUCUGCCUCUCCACUGCAUCACGUCUCCAAUGGUAGCAACACCCCCUCCUCCUCAGAGAUGGGGGCUGACGCAGUCAUCAUCGGGAUGACCAAGAUCCCCGUGAUAGAGAACCCUCAGUACUUCAGGAGCACCAACAGUCUGCUUAAGACCGACACAUUCGUACAGCACAUAAAGAGGCACAACAUCGUGCUGAAGAGAGAACUUGGAGAAGGAGCAUUUGGAAAAGUAUUUUUGGCUGAAUGUUACAACCUUUCACCUGACCAGGAGAAGAUACUGGUGGCUGUCAAGACACUCAAAGAGGCCAGUGAAAAUGCAAGGAAGGAUUUUCACAGAGAAGCAGAGCUGUUGACCAACCUGCAGCAUGAACACAUUGUCACGUUUUAUGGAGUCUGCGUGGAAAGCGACCCCCUCAUCAUGGUGUUUGAGUACAUGAAACAUGGAGACUUAAACAAGUUCCUCAGGGCUCACGGACCAGAUGCAGUGCUGAUGGCAGAAGGCCAGACUACAAGACCAGUAGAACUGACCCAGUCUCAGAUGCUGCACAUCGCUCAGCAGAUAGCUUCUGGAAUGGUCUACCUGGCAUCACAGCACUUUGUCCACCGUGACUUAGCCACAAGGAAUUGCUUGGUGGGUGAGAACCUGCUGGUAAAAAUUGGAGAUUUUGGGAUGUCCAGAGAUGUCUACAGCACUGACUACUACAGGGUAUGUGUUGGAGGUCACACCAUGCUGCCCAUCCGCUGGAUGCCUCCUGAAAGCAUCAUGUAUAGGAAGUUCACGACGGAGAGUGACGUGUGGAGUCUGGGAGUUGUUCUCUGGGAAAUCUUCACUUAUGGAAAGCAGCCUUGGUACCAGCUCUCCAACAAUGAGGUGAUAGAGUGUAUAACUCAAGGCAGGGUGUUGCAGCGCCCUCGGACCUGUCCUAAAGAGGUGUAUGACCUGAUGCUGGGAUGCUGGCAGCGAGAACCGCACAUGAGACUCAACAUUAAAGAAAUCCACGGUCUGCUGCUAAAUCUGGCCAAAGCCUCACCCGUAUAUCUGGAUAUACUUGGCUGAACAAGAAAAGGGGACAAAAACAGAAUUUUAGAUGUGUGAUUAGUGAGUUGGAAACAUGUAGAAAGUGUUUUGAGUGGUGUGAACCACUUUGUGCGUAUCAGUGCGUGGAAGGUGCAGGAGUUUCUUUAAAAAAAAAUUGUUUAAGUUGUCCCCAAUCACUUCCCUCCGCCCAGCCAAUUUCCUCUCUUUUCUGCAUUGCGUCCCUUUCCUUCUUCACCGAAGAAACAUUGAUGAGAGGUGGUUUAACUUCAGAGGGGAUAAAUAGCUUCUCACUUCUUUUCAAAUGCUUUAAACUCUCUGGGGCUAAAUUGAUAAAACCUGAUAAACAGAACUUUAAAGGGACUGGCUGACCUCUCUUGCUGCAUAGUGGACCAUAGGAAUCUUUUAAAGACCGGAAAUCUGAAGAAAAAGCAGCAAAAGGAAGAUCUUGUGAAAUCUUUUUUUGUGUGUAAAUAUGAGACAUUGCGAGGAGAAAGUGGCUCUUUGAGGCGUUGAGCCAUCAAAGCACUGUGUUUUCCAACCAAGUACGUCCAUCCAUCGGAAAUGUGAACUCUUGUCUGCCUUCUGCAAUUCAACCACUGUUUUUGUUGCAUAUUACUUUACAUAUGCCUGGUCUGCACCGUCACACAGCAGAGGGUAACAUGAUGAAUGCUUCCCUUGACCCCCAAAAGUGGCAGAUGCUUCCCUUGUGAUGUCAAGCAUUCAUGUCGGAAGGUCAAUUGAUUCAUUUAUCCACAGCUGUUCAACAAUUAUGAGCUUGUAUGGUUGGAGGUGGUGGUGGUGGUGGUGGGAGUGGGGGGGUUGACUAGUUUUUAAGCGGUCAGAUCUGUGGGUGGCUGCACCAAAGAAGGUGUGGUUCAUUUGGUCAACCCAUAUUAAAUCAUCAAAGCUCUCAGCACUCAGGCAUCCUUGAAAACCACAUCUGCACUGAAGGGACACACACAUGAGAAACACACACACACUGUAUACCUUAUCCUGUCAACCCCCCCUCCCCCAACUCACACACUCCCACUUACUGAAAGACUCAAAAUGGACCGAGAAGGAAAUUGAAUUGUACAUGUUUUAUUAUUUGAGCGGGGCAGUGCUUUAGCCAGGCCCCGUCCUCUGUAAUGGUGUAAUGUAUAUUUCAUUAUAGCCUAAUGGGCUCCAUUAGCACAGUCUCCUCACAGACAUUCAAGACUUAUUGUUUUAUGGCUGAGAAGGAUAGAUAGAGGAAUGGAUAGUGGAGGUGAAUGAGAAGAAAAUGAGAAAAAAAGAAGAGUGGCACGGCAUGAGGGGCGAUGAUGAGGAGGAAUAUGAGCAGAGGUAAUAAUGCACAUUUAGAAGAAGAGGGAAGGAAGAGGGGAGGCAAUGGAAGGGAGACAGCAAAAAAGGUACAAAUGGAUAGCUGAGUUGAAGAGGAAGAGGUGUGAGUGUCCUCUAGGAGGAAGUCAGAGUGAAAAUCCAUCACUCCUACAGCCAGCAGAUGUUCUACAAGCUUCACCUCUCAUCUCAUUCCUAAGGUGGCCCUAAACCGCACACACCACAUACAUUUUACUGGCAGUCCAGCAACAACUCUCAUUGAAAAUAAACUCAAUAAUGUACCACACACGUCCAUUAUUGAGAAGCACUUCACUCACUUACAAAACCACUCAUUCCUGCACAAAAACUGUAACUGUAUAUACAGCUACAUGCAUGCAAUGGCAAAAAAACAAAAACAAUUAAUGUUUGGUUUGGCAUUUUACUGAUGCAUAUUUUACUAUUCACAUAACUAUUAAAAACGUAUCUGAAGUUUUGCUAACAACCUUUUUAAUAAGAUGUAAACCAUCAAUCUGGAAUUAUUGGUCUUAUUUAACACUGCACUUGAUGGUAUUGAUGUUUGUCAGUUGGGGAAUGUUGAUUUUAUUGAUUUAUAAUAUUAUUUAUUACUUGAGAUGCAUUUUGUACAUUUCUUUCUAUAUACAAGGUUGCCUUUCGCAACACAAAGCUUACUGAAACUGAACCCCGGUUUACUUGAUUAUGUUUUUUGCAGAUGUGUAUUAUAAUCUUUACUGUGUGUGCAUUUUUGUCAUGCUCCCUCUUAACAACGACCAAGCCUGUCCUCAAGUGCAGGCUGUUCUACAACAUGAUUGGACAUAUCAUUGGUCUGUCACCUUUGUGGAAUCAGUUCGACAUUCUGCAAAACUAUUAUCACCUGUCAGAGCAUAAAUCUGAGGGGUUUAGGCAGCCGCAUUGACAGCAAAUGUUAACAAGGUUUUCUGGAUCCAUCCAUGCUGUCUUAGAGCUUGCCCUGAGUGAGUACACUCAAUCCUGCUUCACAGAAGUUGCCACACAUUAUCUCUGUGCAAUAACAGAGGGCUUUUGACGUGCAAGGGCCUGUGGGAGUUUGAUCAAACUGUGAGAACAAACACAUGUAGGAGCACCUCCACAUGAGAGUAGCGUGUGUCGCAGCAGCUCCACUGCUGACAGCACUGUGCAUGCGCCUGCUGUGUUUUCUUAAAGUGUCCAUUUGGACCGUGGUGGUGUUUUGUAAAAGGAGUGGACAAAGGGGUGUUCUAAAGACAGACUUGAAGGUAAAACAAUAACUGCUGUGCAAAUAGCAACCUAAGGCAAGGAGGGAGUGACAAUCACAGACUUCUCUUUUUUUCUCUUAAUCAAGUGACCUACUGUAUAAUAGACUAUUCAACCAACUUUCCUCUUCUAUGCUGCCUAUGCUGUAUGUGAUAGUCUUUAACUCUGGUCUUUAGAAGUGCUACUUCUUUUCUUCAACCUGUUUUUGUAAAAUGAAAUAACAGCAAGAGGAAUGAACAAAAAUACAUGUAAAAAAAAAAAAAUUAAUAAGCUGCCAGAAGAAAGUCGCAUUCUUGACUGCUGUUUCCCAGACUGUGUUGGUUAUUGUAUUGUUUUUCUUUUUUCCGUCUUCUUACUGGGCAAGGGGGAUGUGAAACGCUGUGGGACUCACUGGAUGCACAAAGUGACGUACGGAACCUCCAGGGCGCAGAGCAAUCUUUGCUUAUUCCAUUGGCACUGUGUUUGUGUGUGUGUUUGCACAUGUGGGCUUGUAUGAAAAGUGUUGAUUGCGGCUGGAUAGCAACCUGGGGGAUGUCUGUAGGAUCUUUUUUUCAGAUUUUAGUCAAAUUGUUCCAAAUACUGCAAACACACAUCGCAACUUAAAAUGCAUUAUUAUCUCUCCCCUCACUCCCCGAAGCCCUCCCAUCAGAGUCUGAGUUAAUAAAGCUGAAAUACUGCAAAGGUCAUGUUUGAGAUUACAUUUGUGCUUCGAUGCCUCUGGAACUCCAAACCCUUCAAGAGUUCGACAAAAAGUGCUUCACUGGAAGAUGGAUAAGGAAAAUAUGAAACUGUGAUUUGCUCUUGUGUAUUUAAUGCUUUUUCUUUUUUUGUUUUUGUUUUUUUCUAUAAGUGCGGGGUUUAUAACCAUUUAGAUUUGCCUUUCCUAGCCGGUUUCCAGCAAAGAGAGGCUGACAACCAGCUGAAAAAAGGGCGUGAGUUGAACAUUUCGUGCAUAAAGCAAACAAUUCUGCAAGGCUGUGUCAAUAUUCCGAAAAUCAGUUUUAGAGGGAAAAGGGAAGAUCUAGGAUUUUUUUCUUCUUGUUCUUUAAGGUUUCGGGAAAAGUACAUACAAAUAUGUAACGUUUCUGUAAGAAAGAGAUGCUAAAAUGUUAUUUCAUUUCUGACAAAAAUGCUCUUUGACGUUUUAAUAAACAUCUGUAUUGCAAAGCACAUAUGGCAAUUAAAUGCUGGACGUGUUCUAAUCAAUUCAGCUAACGUUUGUCUUUGCAAGCAGGUUGUUGUGAAUUCAAGGACAGCAAAACCUAUAACAUCAUCUGUGCACAAAAACACACACAAACACACCAGGGAGAACUUGUACAGUCAAGAAAUUGCAUGGUGGAAAUAGCCAUAGUGAAUCAUGAUGGUAAUGAUGAUGAACAUAUGACUUAUCUUUGAAGGUGAAGAAGUUUGUUGUAAAACCAUGUUAUGAAUAAAAAUGUUAUGUCACAUA